GGGUGGGGGCUGGGGGCUAUGGGAGUGAAUGCACAGUUAGCAGGAUUGCACUCCAAUCAGCUGAAACUCAGUGUUGGGGGGCUGGGUGGUCCUGGAGGUUAAUGCAGGUCUCAAAUUCGACGCACAGUAGUGCACAUCACCAGCACAACAAAACCAUUUUACAGGGCGCUACGUACACAUUGUAACUGAAAUAGUGAUCUUAGAUGAGGAGAACAGAGACGGAAUUGACGACAUUGAAACAGGCUUUUAAUCAAAACGUGUCACUGGAGCACCUUUAGCUUGUUUUCCUAUGGCUCUGAAACAGGCACUAAUAACUGGACUGUACUGGCUGUCUUUUUUGAUAUGAGAUAUACUGAGCUUGGGUGUAAUAAUAACAUCCAUUUCCUAGAGUGAGUCAGCUCAUUACAUGCCAUCUCCUGGGUAAUUAGGAACGCUCGACCCACUCAAACCAGGAUUCCACGGCUUCAAAACAGAGAAUUCUCAUGAUUCUUCAACAGCAUCACUUCUAAAACAGGAUGUCAGCGUUUGGGAAAGAAAUUACAGUAAGUGAAUCAGCUCUGCGGCAGCCAAGCCACCCAAAGUUCAGACUCAGCGCCUUUUCAUUUUGUAAUCUUGCUGUACUCAUGAGGUUUCCAUGAGUACGAUAAAUGAUGAGACUCAGCCGUUCACUCACACAGGCCACAUCAGCAGCAAAACAUUUUAAUUGAUAAAAUCUGUUUAUUUUAAUGUAUUUCAUCAUUUCCUGCGAGUUUGCCUGGAUUACACCAGGAUCUGGCUGUUUUCAUAGUGUGAGCUGCCCCCUAGUGGCAAAAACAAUUAACACUGACUUGACCUCUCAUUCUUCACUGGCUCUCUGCAUUAAAAACAACAGCAGCAAUACCUCCUUAUAUAGGAGGUUUACACACCUGAACAGGUAUCUGGUUAAACGCAUUAUUCAAACUUUACCAGGCCUGCUCUGGAUUUUUUUAAAUAAACACUAAUGGGCUCAUAUGUACGCUUUCUCUACACAAGCGACUAUUCAUUUAUCACACUUGGGUUAGUGCAUCUGAGUGGAUUGAUACAACAAAACAGCCUUCCAGCAAUGAGAGGCAUCUGCAGCGUGCCUUCCAGAUCCAGUCCUUCUGAAAUAAGAGCUGCACGCAUGGUGUUUAAACAUCAAAACAGAACUGGAUGAAAUGCUGUUAUUUGCUGACUCUGCAUACAACAGUCAGUUUACAGUUACUAUGGGGACUAAACCUCUUUUGCAGGCACAAAGAAAAAAAGAUUUUGCCACCUACUGCCAGCCAAGGAUAACAGUGACGAAGGAGACUAUAAAGGUGGACAGACCCACUGCCUUACACACUGUCACUGCCCUCCUCAUCAUCGUGUAGUUCAACAUGGUUUUCUUAACUCAUCCUAACAGAGAAGUCACACGAACUAUCCAAUGGUACUUUCAGCAAGGCAGUCCAGACUAGUGAUAAUGAGGAUCUGUGAAACACACCAAAUACUCCCUACAUGCUGCAGCACAAUGUGGGGUUCAGGGCUUGCUCUGUUACCGUCUACAUUGCCAGCUCAGGGCUAUCCCACCAAUCAACUCACAGCGGAAAGUGUCUCUAGAUGGAAGGAUCAUUAACAGUGCCUGUGUGGGUUGAGCAGUGCACUUCAUUGAAAACCCCCGUCUUUUGCAGCAUCACACUGCAACACUUCCUCAAAACCGUAGCGGAAGGAGUUAAUUAAGCAAGCUUUGUGUUUUAAUCCAUGUGUGUUGGGAGUACUGUUAGUCCUUGGGCAGAGAAACAAGAAUUUCUGAAAGGAUUACACGCCAACACCCCCCCCUCAAACAUAAUCAGAUUAGCUGCGUUCCUGCCUUCUAUCUACACCCAAGAGUUUGUCUCCAGAGUUUGUGCGAGAGCGGAUCUUUCAUACUCUGAACAUGGGCAACCAGCUAGAGAGGCACAUUCAUCAGCAGCAGGUGAGCUAUCACGCUUUGACUAACCAGGAGUCACAAAGCCAAGGUCCCAGGGGAGAGGAAUCCGGUGCCUGGGAGUGCGAGCACAUUCCUGGGAGUGAGGACGCAGAGAGGAAUGCUCUCUUACAGAGACAGCUCCAUCCUGGGGAGCAGUGCGCCGCUUUCUACUUGGGCAAGUGCAUCUAUGAGCGGCCCUUCUCCGAGCCUGCUGCCGCAGAGGCAUUGCUCAGCCUGUGCAAGCCCGGAGACCUGGUCCAGUUUCUUUCAAAGGAGGGGAGAGGAGGGGAGCACUGGGCUGUGUGCAUAGGAGGGGCCCAGGCUGUGCACUGGCAAGCAGGCAGCGUCAAAAAGAGCUUCCUGCUGGACGUCUCCGCAGGACAGCACGGCAGAGUGGCAAACGGCUCCUAUAAAUACAGCCAAUCUUCGGCCCGUGUGGUGGUGAGGAGAGCCCUGGGGGAGGCAGAGUCCGGAGGCGGGGAGUGGAAGAACUCAGAGUGCUUCGCCGGCUGGUGCAAGUACGGGAGAAGGGAGUUUAAAAGGGAUGGAGAGGUGCGGAUCGGAAGACGGCCCUACACACUGCACCUUCAGCGGGCUGAUGGCACGCUGGAAACGGCAGCCUUUCAAUGCCUGGUGGACCUGAUCGAGGAGAAACGGAGGCUGGAGCAGGGAGAGGGGACAGCCACCAAUCGCAUUCUCUGAACACGGAAACGACAACCACAAAGGAAUCGAAUGUGUUUUAACAAACAGGACAAAGACUUUUACAAAUCUAUUAGAUUAACAAAACCAAAUCAUGUAUGCAUUAUGCAUUUGAUAGUAUUAUUACUUUUUAAUGCUGUAACUAAAAAGUGACAUGAAAGCCGUUAUCUUCAUACCACACAACACAAAGCCCACGGUGUUGGUAAUGGCAAACUGUAUCCAUUUUGCAUAAUAUAUAAUAGACGUUCAAGAAUGGUUAACAUCAUAAUUUGUUGUUUUUUGCAUGCGAUUCUAUCUUUUGGAAGUGCAUGCCUGUUCUGCUAGAGGUACAGGCUUGUUUGCAUGGGUCUGAUAACACAGCUAGCAGGUGCACACACCCUCCUGGAGUGCUUGGAGUUUAGAUAGCCAGGUGAUGACAGCACUGAUCAAUCCACAUAAAAACCCAACGGCUUUCAAUUACACCAAACAUGCGUUCACAUACUUAACAAAAUACCAGUGAAAUACAUUUCCGAGAGGCAGCAAAGCUAUUCGGCUUUGCAUGCAUCACCUCUGUGCACCUGGAAGCUGAUCUGUAUGAAACAAACUAACCCUGGGAGAGCUACAUACACAUGCAUGUGUAUCUGUCUGCAUUCUCCACUGCUGGAAAUUGAAGAAAAAAUAAAAACACAGUAACAAGUGCCUACAUAAUAUGAGGCUUAGAGCACAAGGGCUUGAAAUUCCUGAGAGAUUACACACCGAGAGGAUUGAGAGCAGGUCGGGGAAGGGGUGAAGGCAUUAAAGAUUGUGAAACCUCUAUCUGGAGCCUGGAGGAGAGAGGACAGGAUCAACACAACACAGAAGAGAACCUCGGACUGGACUGAAAGCACAAGGAGUAACACAAGCUAGCAGAUAACAGAGAGA